AUGGACCCUGCGUCCUCGGGGUCGGAGUUGGAGGUAUUCGCCGCUAACAAAGCCCGUCGUUCAAAACAACAGUCAUAUAGCCGCGACGAACCGAGGAAUAUUGAUAGGUCCGUCCAUCGUAUCUACGCCCUCCGAAAUGCAUGCUGCGAUCGUCCUAACCGUUGUGUAGCGAAUGGGUUCAUGACAAAUAUGAAGAUCAAGAACGCCGAAAUGCACCUGCUCCAAGGCGCCGACGUGAGCCUGCUGGAACCUCAUCAAGGCACCAGGCUCCGCGUCGAGAACAUUCACUACGAGCUGACGGAGAAAGAACUCGAGUUUAACCUGUGCUACGACCGUGCCGGACGGUCCGAGGGUGUCGCGUUUGUCACGUAUCAACACCGAGACGAUGCCACUACUGCCAUCCAGGAAUUUGACGGCGCGAAUGCUAACGGUAAGGGCUCCCGGCACCCGUCCUUUGCAACCUCAUGCCAGGCCCGGUCACUCGCGGAUCGAAUCACCGCCCCGGACGACAGGGAUCGACCAGGCGCGCGUCGCGACAACCCUCGCGACAGCCCGCGCGAUCAAGAAGGCCGCGGGGGCCAGCGGUCAGGAACCCGAACUAGGAAAACUCAAGAGGAGCUAGAUGCGGAGAUGGAUGACUACUUCACAGGUGGUCAGGCCGCCCAGCCUGCGGCAGCCGCCGCGCCUAACGACGAGCAUCACGACGAUAUCGACAUGAUUGAGUGA